AGAAUGCUCAACCUGCAGCGUAACCACCUGCUGUGUCUGCGUCAGCUGCCAAAGCUCCCCGCCGUGGAGCACCUCUCUCUGUCUGAGAACGCCAUCAGCUCCCUGGGGGGUCUGGGGGCUCUGGGGGUCAGCCCGCUGCGCUCCCUCAACCUGAGCCGCAACCCCGUGACCUUCACUCAGGACUACCGUGCACGUGUUUUCCUCUGUUUGCCAAAGCUUGAGAUCCUCGAUGGGAUCCCAAAGCUGCCAGAAGACUCUCUGCCCACCAGACUACAGUUCCCAGAAAGCACCAGGAUGUGCAACAUUUUAUGACCCUGGCAGCAAUGAACAGGCUUCAGAAGAACUCUUCAACACACACAUUGUGUCUCUACAGUUGCCAUGCAAAACCCUUUUAUAUGCAGUACCAAUGAUACAUAGUAUUAUUUAUCUUUGGUAAUGAUAUUUG